AUGGUCUUUAAGAGCUUUACCCUCGCGCGUCAGAGUCUUGCGAAAGGCUUCACUCACGGAUACGCUCAGAGCGUCGUCGCUUCUGUCACCCAGCAGAACCCCCUUGCCACAUUCAACCACGACCGCCUUCGCAAGGCAGGCGCAAAGCAGAACCAACAUGCUUUCGCUUCUACAUCUACUACCAGCGCACUAAAGGCGCUCGGCGCAUCCGACGCGCAAGAUUCCGGCCUUGCCGCCUACUACGCAGCAUGGCAGAAGCACCGCAACGUCGAGGACAAAGAGUGGUCGCAGUUCCAGUUCCGCAAGCUCAUUGAGUGGCAACCUUCGUCCGCGGGUACCAAAAGCCCGGCGGAGGCUGAGAGCAAUGUCAUCGUCGAAGAGGCGGAUCAGGAUGCGGAAGUCAUUCCGGCACGCGCCGGUGUGACCCGCGCGUAUAGCACCAGCCAGGUCGAUGACUUCCGAAAGGUCGUCAGCGAUGAGCAGGUGGAAGAGAUUGCGUUGGCGCAGGUAGACGAGGCGAUUGCUCUGGAGGCGGCCAAGAUUGAGGCACUGCAGUCCAGGAGUGGAACACCUGUCUCUCAGAGAGAGGUGGCAAUCGAGGAAGCACGCUCAGAGUCACCUGCCACAGUCGCCGACACUCUUGUGAACUCGACUACGCUGAGCCGCACCGACUCGACUCUCCUUCCCAGCCCUAUUGAGGAGGUUGAUGCCCACAUCUUCCAGCUAGAGAAGCUUGCUGAGAACCAGAAGUAUGGCGAGAUUCCCGCCGUCUUCGAGUCCAUGCUUCGCUCUGGCAUCAAGCCAUCGGCUUCCGCAUACAAUGCUCUCUUGUCAGCUGCCAUCAACCUCCCCAAGAGCAGGCACCAGGUCGUUCCCAAGGCGCUGGAUGUCUACUCGGACAUGCUUCGCCGACGAGUCACUCCUAACACUGCUACCUACACCGCACUCAUUGAGCUUCUUUCCGACCGAUCAUUGGAAGUCGUUUCCACCAAGCAGAGCCUCGAAGAGAAGCGUCUCCGCUUCGGUGGCAUGGAAGAGGAAGGCAAAUUCAUGCUUAACUCCAACGAAACCGAUUAUGCCAUCCUCUCCGAAGACGGCUCUCUGUCCAUUGCUGUCCGCCUAUUCGACGCUGCAGUCAAGGUCGAAUCUGGACGCACAUUCUCAGAGAAGACUUACCGCAUGCUCGUCGCUGCCUGUGCCGAGGGUGCCCGCGUUGAGGACAUGGUGCGCAUCUUUUCCCACAUGGAGUCUCGCGGUGUCAUCCCCGCUGCAGAGAUGUUCGUGCCCAUGAUCCACGCCUUUGGCAAGUCUGGCGAUCUCCGCAGCGCUGUGGAGUGCUACGACGAGUACAAGGCUCUUGCCAUCUCCAACGACAACGGCGAUGUUGCGCUCUCCCGCAAGGACAAUGAAGUGUAUGCCGCACUGAUGAAGGCAUACGCUAUAUGCGGUCGCAUGGAGGGCGGAUGGAAGUUCCUGGCCAAGAUCGAGAAGAACCUCACUACACCAGAGGAGGUCAUCUCGAUCCGCGACACCGCCAGCCUCCAGGCUUUCGUGCCUGAGUGGUUGAACAAGGGUGCUUUCCACGAUGCUUUCGCACAUGCUGCUGAACACAUGAGCCCGCAAGCGCGCGAGGUUGCCAUGGCCGCUAUCUGCAUCAAGGCCGCCGACAAGAACGUGAUGGAUGUUGCUUCUGACGCUUUCGACGCGCUCCCUGCUGAGGUGGAUCUGACACGACCUGCCAUGGCAAUGGGUGCUAUGCACAUCCGCAACGGAAACAUCGAAGCUGCUGAAGUCUUCUGGAGGAUGCUCGAGCUUUCUCCUACCAAGCCUUCCUUCAUUGAGCCCACGACUAUGCACAGCAUUGCCCUCAUUGGCAGCGGUCAAGCAGACCGUGGUCUUCGCCAGGGUCGUCAAAUGUUCGCUCGCAUCCGCGACUCUCAGUCCGCCUCUCAGCAGGCCAAGAUGGAGGUCGUGGAACACAUUGACGAAGCCAUUGAGGUCAUGGGCCAUUUCAUGAUGAAGCGCAGAAUUAUCCUGCCCGCACGAGCUAGCAUGGAGCUCAUGUGGACCAUGAUUGAGAACGGUGGAUUGGUGACCCCCGUUGCUCAUCACUUGCUCGCUGGUGUGGGUCCCGAAGCUGUUGCUCAGCUCAGCUUCGAGGACGUUACUCUCCUCAUGCAAGUUCAGUCCGGAAUCAUUCUCAACUCUCCCGAGGUCGAUAUUGCUCACGCCGCCCGAUUUUCCCAUCUUCUUGAAGUUAUUACAUCGUUAGGCGCGCCUGUGAACAAAACGACAUCUGGUUUGGUGGAGAAAGUUUUGGUAAAGCUUGAUCGAGGAGACCUCCAGCAUAGGUGGUACAACUACAAGCAUCCAGCACCGGAGUCGAUCUACUCUCCGGCGUCGUUUGCUACCUACCCCGUGCAGCCUCCUGCACCAGUCGUUGCUCCCACCUUUGAGGAUUCGUACGAUCCUUAUGCUGCUACCACGGACAACAAGGGUUCGGUAACCAUUACCGAGCUGCUUGAGAAGACCCAUGGACGGCCUGCUUCGCACCUGAACGAGGCCCUGAUGAAGUUCAAGAACAUGCGUCGUGCCGGACGACACCCUCGUUUCUUCACGUACGCCAAGCUCAUCACUGCUGCCGCCAAGGAAGAUCGCUUGAACCUCGCCCAUGACAUCCUCAACCUUGCCAAGCAGGACGUGCCCCUGCUUCCGCAGUACCGCAUCGUCCGUUACGGCUGGGUUACUAUCUUGGAUGCCAUGCUUGCCGCUUGCCUUACGACUGGUCGCCGCGAUCUCGCUGCUCAGUACCACCAGGAUCUCCUCGACAUGGGCGCUGCUCCUACCGCCAACACCUUCGGUCUGUACAUAACCACGCUCAAAGAGUCUACCAAGACAUUCGACGAGGCUACCGAAGCAGUCAAGAUCUUCCUUCGCGCUAAGGCCGAAGGUGUCGAGCCCUCAUCCUUCCUCUACAAUGCUUUGAUUGGCAAGCUUGGGAAGGCCCGCCGCAUCGACGACUGCCUGUUCUAUUUCUCGGAGAUGCGCAAUCUUGGUAUCCGCCCUACGAGUGUUACCUACGGCACCAUUGUCAAUGCUCUCUGCCGUGUGAGUGACGAGAAGUUUGCCGAGGAGCUGUUCGAGGAGAUGGAGAGCAUGCCCAACUACAAACCCCGUCCUGCGCCGUACCACAGCAUGAUGCAGUUCUUUUUGACUACAAAGCGCGACCGCAGCAAAGUUCUGUCCUACUACGAGCGCAUGCGUGCCAAGCGUAUCGAACCCACCACGCACACGUAUAAGCUGCUCAUCGACACAUACGCCACGCUUGAGCCCGUCGACAUGGAAGCCGCCGAGAACGUCCUUGCCCAGAUCCGCCAGGCCGGUGCGAUCCCGGAAGCUGUCCACUACUCUUCCUUGAUCCACGCCAAGGGAUGCGUCAUGCACGACAUGGAGGGCGCCCGCAAGCUGUUUGACACCGUCCUCGCUGACUCCCGCGUCCGCCCGCAAGCCUGCCUCUAUCAAGCCCUCUUCGAGGCCAUGGUCGCCAACCACCAGAUCGCCGACACUGAGUCCGUCCUCCGGGAUAUGCGCACUCGUGGCGUAGAGAUGACGCCUUAUAUCGCCAACUCGCUCAUCCACGGUUGGGCUCUGGUGCACAAUAUUGAGAAGGCGAAAGCCAUCUACGAUGCUGUUUCCGAGGCCAAGCGCGAGCCUAGCACUUACGAGGCUAUGACUCGCGCCUUCAUGGCCGUCGAGGAUCGCGCGUCUGCCAUGGCUGUCGUCAAUGAGGGUCUUUCCCGCGGAUACCCCGCCGCUGUUGCCGGCAAGAUUCUCGAGCUUGUGGGAGGCGGCCGUGCCGCUCCUGCUGAUGUCGCUGCUUAA